AUGGUGGGUAAUAGCAAAUCCGGAAAAGUGGCAGCUCGAGGACACGAAGGCGAGAACCGGCAGAGUGCAGAGGUCAGCGUGGCGGACUACGACGAACUCAGCUCGUUCCCGCCAGACCUACUCGGUGCGUUCGAGAACAGCACCGAGCUUGAAUGUCUUCUGCGGGCGCAUCAGGAUGCACAGUCCGAGACGUCGUUCGAUGGCUGUCCGGUGGACUUUGAUCGGAUCAUGUGCUGGCCGAAGACGAACCCCGAUACCUGGGCCGUGCUACCCUGCUUCGAGGAGUUCAAAGGCGUCCAUUACGAUGUUACGAAAAAUGCCACACGGCUCUGCCUCCCGAAUGGUAAGUGGGACAACUACAGCCACUACGCCGCCUGCCAUCACAUGAACGAGCCCCCGCCGGACAUCGUGGAGAUCUCGUCCAUCAUAUACUACACCGGCUACAUCAUCAGCCUGGUGGCGCUGAGCCUCGCUGUGAUAGUUUUCGUUUACUUCAAAGAUCUGCGGUGCCUGCGGAAUACCAUUCAUGCGAAUCUCUUCGUCACCUACAUCCUGUCGGCGCUGCUGUGGAUCAUCAUCCUGACGCUGCAGCUGUCGAGUAACAGCAGCCCCGGAAUGACGAGCUGCGUUAUCUUCGUUACGCUUCUACAUUACUUCACGUUGACCAACUUUUUCUGGAUGCUCGUUGAAGGUCUCUAUCUGUACAUGCUUGUGGUGGAAACGUUCUCGGGCGAUAAUUUGCGCUUCAACAUGUACGCCGCCAUCGGAUGGGGUGGACCAGCCAUUUUCGUCAUGCUGUGGGCAAUCGCCAAAGGCAUCACCCUGUCCGGGCAGGGUAAAGCGGACACGCUCGAAAUCGAAUGCUCCUGGAUGAGAGAAUCGGUGGUUGACUGGAUCUUCCAGGGACCCGUUUGUGCAGUGCUGAUCAUCAAUCUGGUGUUUCUCGUACGAAUCAUGUGGGUGCUUAUCACGAAGCUCCGAUCGGCCAAUACAGUCGAAACGCGCCAAUACCGCAAGGCCUCGAAGGCGCUGCUUGUGCUGAUUCCGCUCCUGGGCAUAACGUACCUGGUCGUGCUGGCCGCACCUGCCGAAGGGGUUGUCAGUGACAUUUUUGCCAUCGCCCGAGCCCUCCUGCUGAGCACCCAGGGGCUGUCCGUGUCACUGUUCUAUUGCUUCCUGAACUCGGAGGUCCGUCUGGCAUUGCGGCAUCGUCUGGAACGCUGGCGGGAUGAACGCAACAUUCGCUUGGGUCAGGUGCGGCAACGAAGUCGACGAUUCACCAAUUCCGGAUACAAUCAAUCGAAAGAAUGUUCUCCACGGUCUCGCACGGAAAGCUUCCGACCGCUUACCUACAACAAGCGCGAAUCCUGUGCCUCAUCGGCCACGACUACGACCCUGCUGGGUCCACACACCUACCCUAGUGCAAUGCGAGGAUCCAAUGGCGCUCUUCACAUGCAAUCGAUUGCGCCCCGUGCAAUCAGUCCUCUGAUGCAGGGUCUUGAUGAGAACUCUGUAUGAAAAGGGGUUUAAAAAGGACUCGACGUCGGAAGCAAGUACGAUUCUAAUGGAACGAAAAUCGAAUGCACGAAAAGUAACAUGGCAACGACGCAACGGGCUGCUAUCAACCACGAACUUUAGCUGUAACACUUGAACUGGCCUUUCAUGGUGAUAAUUCCGGAUGCAGGAAAGUCAGUCCCGUUUUUUUAGAGAGUGAGCAGCUACUUCUUUACAUAUGUACACCACCACGGUCCAUCUAGAUGGGUAAGGCUAGGGUUGACAUGAAAGCUAAGAGAUUUAAAUCAUGCCAUUAAAAGUUUCAGCAAAAGGUGUAGCAAAUGAAAAUUAUUCCUAGACACGACUGUAAAAAAACCACAUCCAAAUCCAGUUGGAUUAAGAUUUUAUCAGCAUGUUGUUACAAAAAUUGUAUUAGGAUUUAGGCAGCAUGAUGUUGCACCGAUAAAGGAAGUCUUGUAAGCCUUGAAAGCGGCGUUCGGGAAGACUGGUAGAUGGAGACACUUGUAGAGUAGUAUAUAUCUUGUUUUGUUUGUACGUAAAAUCGAUGAAAAUGUAUGGCAAAUCUCUACCUAUAAGGCAAACAAAGAUUAUAUUGAUGUGCAAAACCUACUAAACGAACAAUGAAACCAAACGCGUGAAAACCGUUACUAUUUGUAUACUCGCUGUAGUACAUUCAUUAUACAUACAUAUUAUACAUAUACUGUAGUUAAAAUC